AUGGCCUUUCUCGGAGUCUACCGCGCCAUCUACGAUUAUGCGCCGCAGGGCGAGGGCGAGCUGGAACUCAAGGAUGGCGACCUGCUGUUCGUCCUGGAGAAGGACUCUGACGAUGACUGGUGGAAGGCCAAGAAGAAGGCCGCCACCGACGACGAGGAGGAGCCCGAGGGCUUGAUACCGAACAACUACGUCGAAGAGGCCCAGCCCCUCGCAAAAGCAAAAGCUCUCUACGACUACACCCGCCAGACUGACGAGGAGCUGUCCUUCACCGAAGAGGCCGUCCUCGACGUCUACGACACCUCGGAUCCCGACUGGACCUUGGUUGGCCUGAAGGGCGAGUUUGGCUUUGCCCCCGCAAAUUACAUUGAUAUUACAGAGACUCUCGAGGCCGAGGAGCAGGCCCCGCCGCCGCCUGCGCGCCCUCGCCUCCCCGACCCAGAGCCGGAAGAGGAAGAGCCGGCCGCGCCGACUCCUCCAUCUCCCGCCGCUGCCACCGAGAGCCCCGCGGCUGCUCUCGCCGGUCUCAUCCAACAGAAGACCGGCCAAGCGCAGGCCGCAGCCCCUCAGCGCACGGUUGUCUCCCCUCCCCCGGCCAUUAGCCUGCCGCCGCGCCAGCCCCAGUACACCCCCGAGGAGUCCGAGGAGGAGCCUCCUGCUCCCAGAUUACCCCAGAGACCCAUCUCCCAGGUCUCCUCGCAGCCGUCGCCCAUCCCUACCCCAACCUUCCCUAACCGCGAGUCGUCGAGCCGCUCCCCGCCCGGCGGUGUCAUGCCUUCGCCGCCCUACAAUCGAGCAUCCCACCCCCGCGUUGAAUGGGACGACGAUGUCAUCAAGAAGGAUGUCAAGGUGCCGCAAGGCUAUCACUUGUACAAUAUCCACGAAAUGGUUUCGCAUAUGGGCAAGAGCAAGAAGAUGCCAAUGACACUGGGCAUUAACAUCCCUAAGGGCUUGAUUAUGAUAGCUCCGGAAAAAUCAAGGGAUGGUCCUCAACGCGAGUGGACUGCUGAUAAGAUGCAGCAUUAUUCAAUCGAGGGAAAGCACGUUUUCAUGGACCUUGUCAGGCCAAGCAAGAGUGUAGACUUCCAUGCCGGCGCGAAGGAUACCGCCCAGGAGAUUGUCGCCAUGCUGGGAGAACUGGCUGGCGCGGCCAGGGGCGAGGGUCUACGCGAAGUCCUUGCUGCAGCCUCUGGCGGCACCGGCCAAAAGAAGGGCAAGAUUCUUUACGAGUUCAUGGCUCAGGGGGAUGACGAAGUCACGGUUGCCGAGGGCGACGACGUUAUCGUUCUUGACGAUGCUAAGAGCGACGAGUGGUGGAUGGUACGACGACUGAAAAACGGCAGGGAGGGUGUUGUACCCGCAAGUUACGUCGAGAUCACCGGCUACAUCGCAUCGAAGGAAGACCCCGGGGUCCUUCAGGCCAGGUCGACCGUGGAGCAGAACCGGCUGGACGAGGAGCGCAUGGCGAAGGAGGCGAUGAUGAAGAAAAAGAGAGAAAGCGAGAUGCGGGCGGCAGAGAGAAGCAAGCGCGAUAGCUCGGCGUCCAGAUCUUCAACCGCAAAACCGAAGCCCGACCCCGGGAAGACUCGCACCUGGACCGACCGCACUGGGUCGUUCAAGGUCGAAGCCGAGUUCAUUGGCUUGAAAGAUGGCAAGAUCCAUCUCCACAAGCUCAAUGGAGUUAAGAUUGCGGUACCUGUCCCCAAGAUGUCCGUCGAAGAUCUAGAGUACGUUGAGAGGGCUACCGGCGUGUCCUUGGACGAAGACAAACCGCUCUCGGAUAUCAAGCGGAGAAACACGACAAAGGAGGGCCGCGAGAACCGGUCCUCCUCAGCCCCACGGGCGGGAAUCACGAUCGGUCUGCCGGAACCGACUUACGAUUGGUUCCAGUUCUUCCUCGACUGUGGUGUUAACCCGCAGAUUUGCGAGCGGUAUGCACAGUCAUUCGCGAAGGAUCAGAUGGGCGAGGAGAACCUGCCAGAUAUCUCGGAGAAGCUUCUCAGGACUCUUGGUCUGAAGGAGGGCGAUAUUCUGCGUGUGAUGAAGUUCUUGGACAACAAAUACGGCCGUACAGGUGAGAAUCAGAAACGGGGCGACGAUGCCGGAGACGACGAGGGUGCCAACGGGGGUCUUUUUGCAGGUCCAGGCGGAGCGCUCAAGAACAACACGCGGAAGGGCCGUCCGGCGCCAGCCGUGCAGACGAACGACGUCAUCGACCCCGAGGCGCUCAAGGCGAAGACGGCGGACGAUGUGAAGAAGGAUGCGACAGGGGCUUCGUCUGGCGCCGGGGAGAAAACACCGGGUGGUUUCGACGACAACGCAUGGGAGGUCAAGCCGUCGAAGCAGCCUGAGCAGCCAGCGACAAGCGAACCCGCUACCACCGCCGCGACCCCUGCGACAACCGCCCCCGCCCCUGCUCCUCCAACAGGUGCCAUGGCCGAACUUUCGAUCCUCACGCCUCCGCUAGAACCCACGCCUGCCCCGCCGCCAGCGACAACUGCUCCUGCUGCAGCCCCGGCCGCCGCGCCCGCUCAGGUUCCGCAGCCCACUGGUCCUCAAGGUGCCACUCCUGGUCUGUUCGAGCAGGUUGCAAACCUUCCUCAGGCACCUCCCAGGGCACGGCCGCAGGCACCGCAGCAAACAGGUGCGAACCCGCUCAUUGCCCCUCCGCCGCAGCGUUCGUCGUCAGCGCCUCAAAACUACAACCAGUUUGGCCCUCCCCAGCCCAUUCAGCCGCAAAUGACUGGCAUGCCUGCACCGCCGGGUCAGAGUCUACAAGAACUUCAAAACCAGCAGCGUAUGCAGCAGUUCCAGCAGCAGCAGAUGGCCAUGCAGCACCAGCCCAACGGUUUCAUGCAGCCUCAGCAGACUGGGUUCCCCGGCCAGUUCGGCCACCAGGGUCCUCUGAUGCCGCAGCAGACAGGCUUCAUGCAGCCCCAGCCUACAGGCUUCCAGGGCCAGUUCGGCCAGGGCCCUCAGAUGGGCAACCAGUUCGGCUCGCCCUUCGCGGAUCCCACCCCUCGUCCGAACUCUUUCGCACCCGGCAUGCCGAUGCAGCCUCAGCCCACCGGUUUCGGCCACCCCGGCGGCUUCCAGCCGCAACCCCUUCAACCGCAGGCCACCGGCGUCAAUGCCUUCCUCCCAGCCGCUCUCACGCCCCAGCGUACUGGUGCCACUGGCACCUGGAACAACAAUUCCAACUUCCAGGCCCCGCCCGUGCCACCGAUCCCCCAGCAGCAGACUGCUGCACCUCUUGUCCCUCAGAAGACCGGCCCGCCACCGCCGGUCAGGUUCGGUGUCAGUCCUUCGGCGAAGAAAUUGGCGGCUCAGCCUACCGGCAGAAGGGCGAACUUGAGUCAAGCUACUCCCGACAAUCCGUUCGGCUUCUAA